CGCUGCGGGUACUGCGGUCACGCGCGCGGAGCAGGAAGCGGAGUGGGGCGGGUGGAGCCGCGUGGUCCUGGUGCCCCUCCGCCGCCUCGGCUGCUGCUGGGGGUCGGGCCGGGCUGGGCCGGGCCGUGCCAUGCGGUGCGUCCUGAUCGCCAGCACCGCGGCCGAGCUGCUCUUCUACUGGGCUGAUGCCGCCUUCCUCCGCCGGCUGCGGCCGCCCCACGGCGGGCAGGGUCCGGCGCUGGAGGACAGCCUCAACACCCUUUUCGCCCCCCUCAUCAUCUCCUGCACGGCUCUGUUGGAGAAGCUCGCCGACACCUACACUUGCUUUGCGACAGAGCGCGGGCGGCACCUCCACGUCCUGCACAUGUUCGGGGACUGCCUGUACAUCGCAGUGAACGGCGACGGGACGGAGAGCGAGGAUGACCUGCGCCGGACGCUGUUCGUGCUGCGGCGCUUGGUGGAGAUCCACUGCGGCCUCGUCACGCUCGACUCCCACCUCGUCCGCAAGGAGUUGCGACCGGCCGAUUCGGAGCAGCGGGAGCGUGUCUGGAGCCUGCUGCGCGGCCUGCUGGAGACCUACAGCCGCCUGCGGGAGGAGGACCAGAGCUUUGCGGUGGAGGCCAUGGAACGGCUGAUCCACCCUCAGCUGUGCGAGCAGUGCAUCGAGUUCCUGGAGCAGCAGGUGGUGCAGUACAUCAACUCCAGCCCUGAGCGUGGUGGGGAUGAGGUGUGUCAUGCCUUCCUCCUGGUGCACACCAAGCUGCUGGCCUUCUACUCCAGCCGCAACACCAGUUCCAUCCGCCCCGCUGACCUGCUCAUCCUCAUCCUCCUAGUGCAGGACCUGUACCCCAGCCAGAGCAUCGAAGAGGAGCUCAGCCCCCAGCCCACAGCAGAGAAGGUGCUCCCCCAGGGACCCAAGAGAAGUGAGAGCAUUCCAGUGAGCAGCCCUGGCUCCCAUGGAGCUGCAGAGAAGGACUCGGAUGACCAGGACACAGAUGAUCUCUCUGUCCCUGAGGUCUACUACACUCCUGAGCCUUCUCCAGGCAGGCACAGCACAGGCAGUGAGAGCUGGUCAGAGGGCACUGAGAUGCUGAGCACCGGGGAGGUGGAUGCUGCAGAUGUCCAGAUGGCGGAGGACUUGCUCCAGACCUUGGGGCCUCUGGUCCCUGAAGCUUCAAACCCCAGGAGGAUCUUCCUGGAUGCCAACCUGCGGGAAGGUUACUGCCCCUUGCUGCCACACACCAUGCACUGCCUCCCACUCUGGCCGGGCAUCUCCCUCAUCCUCCUGACCAAGCAGGGCCCGAUGACCCAGGUGGCCAUCACCUUGUACCAGCUGCUGGAUGGUUUCUUGGUGCUGGAGAAGAAGCUGGAAGAGGGGCCAGAGGCAGGAGCCCCACGCUCCUACACAUUUGUGCCUGAGCUGCGGCAGCGCAUGGACAAGUUUGUGAAGAAGCUGAGCGGGCAGGACAUCCAGUUGCAGAACACCUGGGUAGACUUCAAAAAUAAGAUGUUUUCCCGGACCGAGCCUGGAAGCUCCCUGGAGCUGCUGCAGGCAGUGUCCAACAUGAAGCGGCAGCUCUGCUCUGUGUACCGCCAGCUCUUCCUGACUUCUGCCAGCCACAGCCUGUCCCAGGGGCUGAGGGACCGUGCCCAGAAGCUGAUGAAGGAGAAGCUGCUGGACUGGCGCGACUUUCUGCUGGUGAAGAGCAGGCGCAAUAUCACCAUGGUGUCGUACCUGGAGGACUUUCCUGGCCUGGUGCACUUCAUCUAUGUGGACCGCACGUCUGGGCAGAUGAUGGCACCAUCGCUCAGCAUCACAGAGAAGUCCAGCUCAGAGCUGGGCAAGGGCCCCCUGGCCACCUUUAUCAAGAGGAAGGUGCCCCUUGUCCCCCAGGUCUGGUCCCUAAUCACACUGGCCCGGCGAUACCUACAGAAGGGCUACACGACGCUCAUGCUGCAGGAUGGCGACUACUGCUGCUCCUACUUCCUCUGGUUUGAGAAUGAGCUGGGCUACAAGCUGGAGGUGAUGGAGGUGCCAGUUCUCUCUGAUGAUUCUGCUCCCAUUGGGAUGCUGGCAGGAGACUACUACAGGAAGCUGCUGCGUUACUAUAGCAAGAACCACCAGGCAGAAGUGGUGAAGUGCUAUGAGCUGCUGACCGUGCACCUCGGCAUCAUCCCCUCUGAGCUCGUGGUCCAGCAGGCCUGCGACUUGGCCCGGCGCCUCUGGGAGCCCUCCCGCAUCCCCCUGCUCUGAGCUGCCUCCAGCCACCUCGGGGCCAGGAUUAAAGCAGGGCUGUGGGUGUUCCCAAUGCA